AUGGACUCUGCAGCCCGAGCUCACUACCUUGCGGACUCCCCUCCAACAGUCGUUCGUCUAGAAAUCGCACCGCACUUUGAUGCCCUCAACGCCCAGCAGAAGCGAUAUGCCCACCACAUCUCCCGUGCUGCAUUCCACGGUACACGCAUAACGUUGGCCCAGGUCAGCCCAGAGAGUGUGCCAAUCUACGAUCUGAUAGUAGCCAUACACACAGCCUGCAAGGGCGACUACAAGAAGCUGGCUGCUGACACGGGUGCCGGCGAUGACGCUGUUCGACAAUGGCUUGAGUAUGCCGCUCAGUUCUUGGGCAAUUGUGGUAACUACAAAGGCUUCGGGGACAGCAAGUUCAUCCCUAGAGUUGAGCCUGGCGAUUUAGAGAAGAUCGCGAAGAUCAGUGAAGAGGCCCAAUUAUUGCUGAAGAAGGCAAGUUCGGUCGGAGGCGGCAUCUACGAGACGCAGGAAGCAUCAUUGAUGCAUCUCGGGUAUCCUGACGCGGGUCACAUGUCCACGUACUACCCAGACAGCCAGUCCAUCACGAAAGAGGAGAUACAGAUCGUUGGUGAUGUUCUCGAGAGCAAAGGCCUCCCUAUUGAGAACACGCGUUUGAGGAAAACCAAAGCAGGGGACUUUGAGCUGCUGGUGGCGAGCAGUGACCCCAGUCCCAGCAAAGGUGACCGAGAUCUUGGCGACACAGACAAUGUCGAGCUCAUGGGAAGUCUGAAAGGCAAGAAGCUCAAGUUUGUCUUCGGAGACUAUCAGAAGGAGAUGGCUGCCAUCGAGAAAGAGAUCAAGGCAGCCGAGAAGGAGGCACUAAACGACACAGAAGCCAAAAUGAUGGCUGAGUACGCAAAGAGUUUCGGUACAGGAAGCAUAGAAGCGUACAAGGAGUCACAGAGAUACUGGAUCAAGGACAAAAGGCCCAUGGUCGAGACAGAUCUGGGCUUCGUCGAGACAUACCGGGAUCCGCACGGCGUGCGAGGAGAGUGGGAAGGAUUUGUAGCCAUGGUCAACCUCGAGCGGACCAAAGCAUUUGGCAAACUCGUUGAUGCUGCAGGCACAUUCAUACCCAAGCUGCCCUGGAGCAACGAGUACGAGAAAGACAAGUUCCUCAGCCCAGACUUCACUAGUCUGGAGGUGCUCUCCUUCGCCGGAUCUGGAAUCCCGGCAGGCAUCAAUAUUCCCAACUACGACGACAUCCGACAGAACCUAGGCUUCAAAAACGUUUCCCUCGGCAACGUGCUGAGCGCCAAAGCUCCCAAAGAACCCAUCCCCUUCAUCCGUGACUCGGACGACGCCGUCUACCGCUCCUGCCGAGAUCCAGCUUUCGAAGUGCAAGUCGGCAUCCACGAGCUCCUCGGCCACGGUACCGGUAAGCUCCUACAAGAGACCUCUCCUGGCGAAUACAACUUCGACCCUAACAAUCCUCCCUCGUCUCCCAUAACCAAGAAGCCCAUCACGACAUGGUACAAGCCCGGCCAGACAUGGUCCUCGGUCUUCGGCUCCAUCGCGUCCUCCUACGAAGAAUGUCGUGCUGAGUGUGUCGCUAUGGCUCUAUCCUGCGAAUUCGAGAUCUUGUCGCUGUUUGGUUUUGGUGACGGGAAGAACGCCGACCUAAACUCCCCCGCCGGCGACGUGCUGUACGUAGGUUACCUCCAGAUGGCGCGUGCUGGUGUCGCCGCGCUCGAGUACUGGGACCCGAAGGCGCGGAAGUGGGGCCAGGCGCACAUGCAGGCACGCUACUCGAUCUUGCGAACGUUCAUGAACGCUGGGGGCGAUUUUUGUGAACUCGUCUCCAAGAAGGACGAUCUGUCUGAUCUGGAAAUUCACCUCGACCGCUCCAAGAUUCUGAGCCACGGGAGACCAGCGGUGGAGGACUAUCUUCAGAAGUUGCACGUCUAUAAGUCCACAGCGGACGUUGAGGCAGGCAGAAAGCUUUACGAGGAGAUCACAAGCGUGGAUGAGUGGUGGGCGGAGAAGGUGCGGCCGGUGGUGUUGAGUAAGAGGCAGCCAAGGAAGGUGUUUGUGCAGGCGAAUACGGUUCUAGAUGAGGCGAGUGGGGAGGUGAGGCUGGUGGAGUAUGAGGCCAGUUGCGAGGGGAUGGUGAGGAGCUAUGUUGAGCGGAAUGUUUGA